AUGCUUUCUGGAUGGGGAUACUGGUCUGGGCUUUCAAUAUGUGACCCCGGAUGGUUCCAGUUUGAAGACCACUGUUACUUUAAGAGCAAAGAAAAAUUAACCUGGAGCAAUGCCAGGCUUCAGUGUGAAAGAGGAGGGGGAUAUUUGGUAGAGAUAGAAUCAAUGAAAGAAAAUGAUUGGAUCAUCAACAAACUAACACCAGCUCAAUGUACAAUCCAUUGGAUAUUAUGUGUAAUUUGGAUUGGAGCGACAGAUCAAGAAGUCGAUGGCCAAUUUAUCUGGGAUGGUAGUAGAGAAAAACUGAAUUUCAUAAACUGGAGGAGUGGUGAACCAAAUAAUUACCAACAACAGGAGGACUGUGCUGUUGUCAACUAUCCCAGUGGGGAGUGGUGUGAUUUCCCUUGUUCUGAUAAACAUUAUUAUAUUUGCGAGAAAAAGUUAUAG